GUCUGCCUCCAUCCGGGUCUCGGGCUGGCCAGCUCGCUCUCCGGGAGAGGUAACAACAUGGCGGAGGCUUCCUAUGGAAGUUCGAGUCCAGGCAAAGAAACUUAAGUUUUUUAUUAAAUUUCUUGGCUGUGGCAUUUAAUCAGCAUAUAUACUGAUGAUUGUCUCUCACAAAUCUGAAACAUUUAAGAUACUGUUCAACGAAUGAGAGAGGAACCAGAAGAGAUGCUAAGUUAAUUCACAAGAAGUUGAGUUGGCUCAUUGUCUUCUGAGGAUCAUGAUUUCGACCCUACAGCAGAAAUGCUAGUGCAUGAUUAUGACGAUGAGCGAACACUUGAAGAAGAGGAAAUGUUAGAGGGAGGGAAGAAUUUCACAUCUGAAAUUGAAGAUUUGGAAAGGGAGAGCAACAUGCCGCUCGAUGAUUUGCUGGUACUCUAUGGGUAUGAUCCUCCUGUUCCGGUGAUAGAAAAUGAAAAUCCAGGGAGUUCUCCAAGUGAGCUUGCUGAUGAAUUACCUGACAUGACUCUUGAUAAGGAGGAGAUAGCAAAAGACCUACUUUCAGGUGAUGAUGAAGAAACGCAGUCUUCUGCUGAUGACUUGACUCCAUCUGUCACUUCUCAUGAAACAACUGAUUUAUUUCCCCGACACUUGAGAUCGAGCACUGCCUUUGAUGGUGAUAAAGAAUCUGAAGAUGAAGAAGGACAGGACGAUUGUGUUCCUCCUGAAGAUUUGAAGAAGGAAAUAAUGGUGGGUUCAGAGUAUCAAGCUGAAAUUCCAUCUACUCUUUGCAAAUAUAAAGAUGGAGAUAAAGUCUAUGAAAAUGAAGACCAAUUACUUUGGACUCCCUAUUUGCUUCCUGAAAGUACAGUAAAGGAGUUCUUGCAUGAAGUAGCUAAGAGAUCUGCAGAUGAGAAAGGUGUUGGUGGUAUACCUGAAGGGACACAUGUAAGGGACAAUGAACAGGCACUCUAUGAACUUCUAAAAUGUAACUACGUUGUUAAAGAAGCACUUGGAAAUUAUCACUCAAACGUAAAGAUUGCACAAGAUGAUCGGUCGGCUUGGACAGAAGAGGAAUGCAGAAACUUUGAACUUGCCCUUCGACUUUAUGGCAAAGACUUUCACCUAAUACAAGCCAAUAAGGUCAAGAAUCGUUCUGUAGGGGAAUGUGUGGCUUUCUACUAUAUGUGGAAGAAGUCUGAAAGAUAUGACUACUUUGCCCAGCAAACUAGAUUUGGGAAGAAGAGGUACAAUCUUCAUCCUGGAGUUACGGAUUACAUGGAUCGCCUGGUAGAUGAGGCUGAGAUGGGAAUGUUAAGUCGAUCAAUACAUUCUCCAUCUAUUUGUUCUUCUGUCAGUAGACCUGAACCAAUAUCUGAUCAACAUAGUCUAAUGAGCUCCGGACAUGAGUUUUCUGCACUGACCAGCGUUAGUACAACAUGCAACGCUGCAGAUGUAAACUGCUUGGAUUCCUAUAAUUUUCCUCCAGUGGAGAGUUUACACACAAAGGGACCAACUACCCAUGUGCCUGCUUUAAUAGACGAGUCACUUGGUUUGCCUACAAAUGGUGACACAGACUGUCUAAAUUUAUUCGAGACUGGAUUCUACCAUUCUGAUUUAAACCAGAUAAGCAUGUGCAACAACGAAUCUGAAAGACCGGCAAAGAGAUUGAAAAUGGGGAUCUCUGUUCAAGAAUCUUUCAUCAAUGACGUUUCUGUAAAUAACCUGGAUGUGGAUUUUGAGAAUCACACACACAUCACUAGUGCCAAAAUGUCUGUUUCUGUUGCAGAUUUUAGCAACUUGCCUAGUAAUGAAGCAAAUGGCUUCAUUAAUCCCUGUGCACUACACCAGCAUACAGCUCUCCAAUCAGAGUGACUCCUCAAUUGGAACUUCUUUAUGAAAUGGUGGUAUGCAGUAACGUUGAGCUUGGUGGAUGAGCCAUCGAGAUUGUUCAGUCAUUCACUGGAAGUUUGAAUUUUUUUACUAUGACAUCAGUGAUGUCUUUUUACCUAUAGAACUUUAAUCUUGAUUUCUCAAGAGUUAAAUAGCCAUUUAUUUUCAAUCCCUAGUAACAUAGAAAUUUGAGAGAUUAUGUUCACAUAGCAGAGUUGGGGACUUAAAAUUGAACUUUAUGACACAGUCCUGAACUCUCAUGCUGUUGCAUCUCCUUUGUAGCCUGUAGAUUAAGGAACCAUUUCACCCCGAUGCCACCCUUGGGAAUCUGAAACAAUAGAAAUGGCUUCCAUGAAUGCGCACUACUGUCACAGUAGUGGGUAUAGAGGAAUACUAAUGUUUACAGGUACCUGGCCUUGUCCCUGGCUAAUGUAGCAUUUUGGAAGUGAACUGUGCACAUCAGUGCAAUGACCUGCAUGAACAGAGCCUUCUCAUCCAUUCACUUAAAACAGAGCACUUCAGUUUACGGUGCCAUGAGCGCAUCCUUUGGAAGAAAAUUGAUGGAUGAAGUACAAGUGGGAGGAAGCCUACAAACUUGCAAGUGUUGGGCAUGGCUGCCAUCUGUAAACGGGUUGGAACUACUGCCAGAUUUCUGUGCUUAGAAACUUUUCAAGCUUUUAUUGAUUAGAUUAAAUAUUGAAUUUUGUGAUAAUUGUAUAUUGGUUUUUUUAAAAAAAAGACUUUAAAGAUUGUAUUAUAGUGUAUCUCAAACUGCGCAGUGCAUUAUAUAUCUUAUGAGAUUUCCUGGGGCAGCUGAAAUCGUCUCGACACAACUUGGGACAUGCCACUUCUAAUCACAAUUCUGUUAGACAAUUAAGCCAUCUUGCAGCAGUUCAUUGUGUUUUGUAUCCUACAAUCUGUCCAUGCCUAACAGUGUAAUACAGUGAAACCUUGAACCAAACUGAAGCUAACUAUUUUGUAAUAUAUUUCAAAAUUUUAGUCUGCUGUAAACUUCACAAUUUCUCAAAGUAAAAGUUUGCAAUAAAGCAUUUGUUGGACUGAAACAAGAAAAUUGAAUUUUAGAUUAUAGUAACUAUUUGAUUAGGUGUACCUAGUAUCCAUUUUACACAGCAGGAAGUAAAAUGGUGCUUUUACCUGUAAAUUGUUGUUGAUUAUGAUCAAGUUCUGAUCAAGAAACUUUGGAAAUUCCCUACUUGGCUUAGUAUUAGAAAAUACUUAGAAUCCUGAAAGAUAAGUGUCCAUUGAACCUAUUUAUAGUAUGUUUAGUGUUAUGUAUUUCAUUUUGUAAUUUUUACAUUAUGUUCAUUGCUUUGCUUCCUAGUUUCUAAUUGACGAUAUAGGUCAUUAAUAUUUGAAUUUAAAUUUCAUUGUUGGGCAUCUGCUAACAAUGUAGUUAUUAGGCCCUGCUGAGGAUUUAUUCUUACAUUAUUGCUAUUUUAAAAUUACAAGAUCUUACUAUACUACAUUUGAGAAAGAUUUUUAUUGUUUUUGCAAGUGAUUUGAAAGUGUGAAGAAGAUUAAUUUGCUGGGAUACACAACAUGAUGAACUGCUUUUGUAUACUGUAAAUAUUUACAUUCUGUCUGGAGAAUCUAUCUUCACCCUUGCCCCCAUAUUUGCACAAUCCCUUAAAAUUCAGUGCAGAAUUUUUACACAAAUACUGCCAUUUUAAAUGCGCAAGAGUGAAUACUGUGGUUUGAGAGACUGAGUUGAUUUACUAUGUAGAUGAGUAUGACUGUACAGCCAUACUAUGAUCUUUCAGUUUUUAAUACAGGAAUCUUGUAUGGUAGACGAAGCUUUAGGUUCUGAGACAGUACAGAGUGGCAUAAAGGUACAAGACACAGAAGUAACGGGUAGCCUUGGCUCUUGCCAGUAUUGCGUGGAAUUGUGAUUCAUGUCAUCAGCUUGUAGCUUGUGUUUAUGUGCUGAUCUAUGCAUUUGUCUUCUGUGGGAUUUUUCUUUCUAAUGUUAACUGAACCCAGUCCUGUACUUGUGGAAAUGCUAUACAUAUCCCUUCAUUUAUGUAUUUGAGCGUGAUUGGAUUUGCAAAGGCUAGUCUGUAGUAAUGUUCACACAGAUUUGACUGAUCACUUGCAUCAGUUGCACUUUUUGAAAUUUUAAAACCAUUCCUAGUGCAUUAUAAAUACAGAAAUUAACUAUGCAUUCAGACUUUGUAAGGUUCCCUUGGCAAACAGUAGUGUGUGAUUUUUAUUACAGGGUUUAAUUUAAAAUUUCCUAUAACUGAUUUGCUUGUGAUUUAAAAAAAAUAAAAUCCUUAUUGGUAUGUAUUCUCUUGCCAGUUACAUUGAUUAACUCUUCUGACUGAAUAAUAGUUUAUUUAAAAGCAUUUAGUCUGAAAUUUAAACUGUUUAACCUUUUGUUUGGGAUUAGUGUUAUUUACUUGAUACAAUGUUGAAAUAUUUUGAAAUGUGUUUGGCGUGUAGAAAAAAUGCUCUUCAUCUUGCACGCUAAACAAAGAUUGAAAUAUGUAUGAUACUCAACCAAAACUUAAACCAAAUUCUUAAUGGGAACUGAUAUUUUAGAAUUUUGUAAAUUUCCUUUUUUAUGUUCAUAUUAAACAGGGCAAUAAUUUGAGAGAAUGUAAUUAUGUAGAAUUUAUGCAUCUAGUAAACUACUUUUCCUAAGUUUAAGUUUAAAGUGUCAUGAAAUGAUGCUUGCUUCUUUCUAAAUGAGAAUCUCAUCAUUUAACCACUGGGAUUUAGAAGAUUUGCUGUGUAUUGUCAAGCUAUGUUGACUGCUGGCCAAAGAUGAUUGUCUUUCCUUUCCAUUUUGAAAAGUCUGUUCAUAUACUAAUACAUUUAGAACUGUAACUGGUGCUGUGGUGAAUAUGGCAAUACUUCACCAAAACAGAGACAAUGUUUUCUCACUAGUCUAAAUGAUUAGUUUCCUAAUAUAAACUGAUCCAUUUACUUGAAGGUUUUACUUGUUUGAUGGCUGAAGAAUAUUAAGAAUAAUUAGGUCAUUUAAAAUACUGCAGGUUUUUCUUCUUGGCUGAAGAUAAAUAUCUGUAGUGAAAAACAUCUCCCAAUUGUUGAAUUUAAUUAUACUUUAUCCAAAGUCUGUAGUAUGAAUUGAAAUUGCUUAUUGAAGGUAAAAUAGUGAUAAGUUGAACUAACUGUAAUUGUAUACAGAAAUUUGAAAAGUUGAAACAUUGCAGAAGAGGGAGUUUGUACAAUGUUUGUGAAGAAUUAAAGCAAUGUGGUAUUGAUGAUCAAUAUAGACAUGCUACUUAAAAUGCUUCUAAUAAAAGUACUAGCAAUACUGUCCUGAAGAAUUGGUGCUACAGCUCCUCUUCAACUGUACUGUUGCAGUUAGUAAUAGAGCUGCCAGUGGGGGGAAAAAAAUGGGUUAAUUGGUGACAAUCAAGACAGCAUUCAGUUUUGAAGAUAUACAAGAGGAAAGCUCUAACGUUGUGUUUCGUUUUAAUAUUUGUAUAUAAAUACUGAAGGUUUUUGUUCAGCAUUAUUUUGUACUUCUGUUGUACCUUGAUGUGUGGUGUACACCAUUCCAGAAAUAAAAAGUCUGGAAGUCUCAUCUUUAUUUUGAUUAAGUAUAACUUUUAAAGUUGAUGUGAAAGUACAUUGUUCUUGAAUUCACCCAGGGCACAAGAUAUUAUGCCCUAAACCAUCUAUACAAAGCCCAGUGAAAAAUUUGCAACACUCAAAUACUAUUCGGGAAAGACCACCCCCCCCCAUGUGAUUGUUAACAAUUGUUUCUGAUCUGUGUAAACGCACAACAGAAAAAUAUGCCUGAUCUAUCUGAAAAUAGGAAAUUCUAUUGAGCACUAAAGUUCACUCAUAUAUUCCAAGGUGGCAGAUGCCUAUGAGGACAAAGAGUUUCAUUGGAAUUGAGUAUCUUAUUUCCUGAGCAGGGAGAUUCAACAUUUUACUUUUAUAGUCAGUU